AUGCUCAGCGCUGACGAGCCCAUGCUGAGCACGACCGCCGCUUGCGGGAGGUCGACCGGCAUGGGGUGCGCUGUCUGGGCGUGUUUGCUAUCCGCUGAUCCCGCCGCCCAUGCUGAGCACGACCGCCGCUUGCGGGAGGUCGACCGGCAUGGGCCCAUGCUGAGCACGACCGCCGCUUGCGGGAGGUCGACCGGCAUGGGGUGCGCUGUCUGGGCGUGCUUGCUAUCCGCUGAUCCCGCAGCCCAUGCUGAGCACGACCGCCGCUUGCGGGAGGUCGACCGGCAUGGGGCCACGCCACCCGUCCCACCCACCGCGGUCGAGGCUCUUCUGAUGGGCAUGGGCGAGAGCCGCGCCACAGCUAUCUUCGGCGACACGGUGGCCUUUUUGUAUCCGCUGCUGGUAGACGCCGGCCUUGCCGCCCGGGACGCCAGCCUAGAAGACAAGGCAAAGGCGAUUGGCCUUUUUUCAAAGAAGAUCAAGCAAGACAGCCCCACCCUUUGGGGUUGGUGGAUCAAUAGGCCAACGCGGUCCCGUCACCAGAAGAAGCGCGCCAAGCACCACAUUGGGCUCCAGUCCGGCAUCAUUGCCGCAAUCAGCGAUGGCAGUCUUACCACGGCCGACUUCUCGGUGGACCCCCAGCCCUCCGCUAGCCGCCCGGCUGUUCACAUCGUGGUGCCAACGCCCGCCUCGUGCGAUGGCUGGGAGGGCGAGAUGGCCUAUGCGGGGUUUGGGAAGCGGCCGGCGAAGGCAAGGGGCCUGGAUGGGCUUGAGCAAAUUGAACCCCGGGGGGGGGCCGACAUCUACAUCCGCGACGAGCACGGCGCCCUUGUGGCCACAAUCUCGUACAAUAGCGCGGGUCGUCGCGAGCAUGACCUGCGGCUGGGGCUCAUCGUCGAGUCCUGUGGAUCCCGGCCGGCUCUGGUUCGAUGGAAGGCUUCAAGGGGCACAAUGCACGCCGCGGGGCUUCGUCGUGGCGUCAAGCACUCGGGAUAUGCCAGGGGGACGUCGCACUAUUCAAUGAAAGGAGGGGCUGACAUGUCGGCAAAGAAGUUUCUCGUCGCCACGGAAAAGGCCUUCACCAAGCGACUGCUGCAGGAGCUCACCAAACGCAACCCCACCGCGGCGGCCUACCUGAUGAUGUCCAUGCCAGAGGUGUACGGCCCACACUCCGAUGAGUUCGCCCCGCUGUUCACCACGACCAACUACCAAGUGGUCGUUCACUCCGACCCGUCGGACGACGGCGUAGCCGGCAAGCUGAACCCGCACACAGGCCGCGCCGUAUGGAAGCUGACCCCCAAGGAGGAGCUUCCGGAGGAGCUUCAGGCCCGCAAGCUAUGCACGCAAUGGGUGGCAGGCUAUGCCGCCGCUCCGCCAACCGUCGUCGGGGAGUGGAUAUUUGCGCUGCCAGAGCAAGGCUUCUACUUGGUGCUGCAGCCCAACUGCAUGUGGACGUGGAUGUCUGACAGGCUCCACGGAACGCCGGUGCUUGACGCGUCCGGCGGCAGUCGCCACACGGCUGUUGUGACGCUGCCCCUGGCGACGGCCGCGGCCAUCCGGAAAUACGGCCUCCCUGAUCAAGACGAAUAG